AUGAGGUUUUCUAUCGCGCUUUCUCUUAGUCUUCUUGCCGUAUCUGUAUCUGCUGCUCCUCGAGGACAGCAAGGUCAACAGGGCAAGCAGGGUCAGCAGGGUCAAUCUACACAGGGUGGAAAGGGGGCGGCUAAUAAUGCUGGGGCCGCUGCUGCCGCCACUGCAUCCAAUGCUACAGCCGCCGCUGCCACUGCGUCCAACUCAACCGCAACUACUGGUAACACCGGUUCAACAAGCACUGCGACUUCUGUCGGCGCGCUUUCUUCUGCCGAUAUUACGACCAAUGCCACUGAGAACAACCCUGAUGCUCAGUCAUCAUUAACUCUCGAUCCCCGUGUGAUCGCAACUGGAUUCCUUAACAACGAUGUCCAAGAAGCUGGUCAGGUUGCAUCGCUAACAUCCAACAACAACUUCAUCAACUACUGUCUUACCCAGGGCAAUCUUCCUAUCACCAACGGUUUGCAAACUACGACAGGCUCUUGCAAUCCUGCGCCCAUCGGUACCAUCCCUUCUGUCCAGAACAUGCCUUCUGCCAAGUUCGCGAGCCCAGCCAACGGAGACACCAUUGCUGCUAACACUGAAUUUACAAUCACGAUGAACAUCAACAACCUCGACACUGGUAACUUUGUCAACGCAAACGAGAAUUAUUUUGCUGCUCCUCAGCAGCUCAGUGCACAAGGCCAGAUCAUUGGUCACACUCACGUCGUCAUCGAGGCGUUGUCGGAUUUGGCUCAGACCACACCGACUAACCCUCAACAGUUUGCGUUUUUCAAAGGUGUCAACACAGCUGCUGUGAACGGUGCGGUGACUGCUGAUGUUACGUCGGGUGUCCCUGCUGGUGCAUACCGUCUGUGCUCCAUUAACUCUUCGUCGAAUCACCAGCCUGUAAUCGUGCCUAUUGCUCAACACGGUUCUCUUGAUGACUGUGUUUACUUCACUGCAUCUGGAGACGGCGCAACUGCUUCCAAUGCAACUACUGCUGCUGCUGGUGCCGCUAACUCGACUGCUGCUGGUACCGCUGCCGCUGCCGCUGGUACUGCUGCCGCUGCUACGGGGGCCGCAGCGACCGCUUCUAAUGCCACAGCUGCUGCUGCAGGUGCAGGUUCUGCUGCCGCAGCCGGCGCCGGUGCCCAAGCUGGUGCCCAAGCCGCUAAGGGACAAGGCCAGAAUAAGAACCAGGGUGCUCAGGCACAAGGUCAAGCUGCUGGUGCCAAAGCUGGUAAUGGCAAAGGCAAAAGGUCAAGAUUGAGCCGUCUCUAG